AUGUUGUCCGAGCUCGCAAGGCUUUGCAGAGUGGCGAUAAAGGAAGACCUUAAAGAGAGAAGAGCAGAAGUGCUGGCGGAAGCUGCAGAGGCGAGGAAAAGCAUCCACUAUGCCCGCCGAGACUUCGCCAGUCGCAAGACGAGGAUGACUGCUCUCCAGAACCCAAAGGGAACAGCCAUUGCAUCGAGAAGGGGGAUGGAGAAAAUCAUCUACGACUUCUACUCCGAUCUCUUCGACCAUGUCCACUUGCCUGCUCACCAUCUGAGGGAAGACGGACAUGUCACUCCAGAGAUUCUCCCGUCCGAAAUACGACAUGCUAUUAUAACACCUGAUGAACCUUCCGCCAGUACUCAUCAACACCAGUGGAAGACCAGCAAGACCGUAUUGUUGUAUAAAAAGGGAGAUCCACAUGACAUCGGCAACUAUCGUCCAAUCUGCUUACUGUCCGUCAUCUACAAGCUCUUUACAAGAGUGAUCCUUAAUAGGAUUGAAAAAGUCUUAGAUGAAGGACAGCCAUGCGAGCAAGCAGGGUUUCGAAAAGGAUUCAGCACGACUGACCACAUUCACACUGUUUCGAAACUCAUCGAGGUAUCACGAGAGUACAAGAUGCCACUCUGUCUCACCUUCAUCUACUUUAAGAAGGCCUUCGACUCAGUUGAGACGGAAGCGGUCGUGGAAGCCUUGGAGAACCAAGGCGUCCCUACUCAGUAUAUAAAGGUACUUCGAGAGUUGUACAGUAACUUCACGACCGGAAUUUCGCCAUUCUACCAGAAUAUCAUCAUUGACGUGAAGAGGGGAGUCCGACAGGGUGAUACAAUCUCACCUAAAAUAUUCACAGCCACCUUCGAGAACGCAAUGCGAAAGUUGGAAUGGGACGACAUGGGAGUAAAGGUUGAUGGUCGGCAGCCACACCAUUUGCGCUUUGCUGAUGACAUUGUAGUGAUAACACCUAGCAUCAGCCAAGCGGAACGAAUGCUGACCGAAUUCGACGAAGCAUCGGUCUUCAGCUGA